UGUGGCUCGCGGGUAGAGCGCGCCCCGCAACGACCCUCCGCUCCCCGCGGCCGCCCCCCCUUGGUUCCGCCCCCGGGAGGUUCCCCCCCCUCGAGCGCUGCCCUCCUCCCCUUGCCCCCCUGCCAGCAUGGCUGCCACCUCCUCUUCGGGUUCCAACUGGGGCCUGAUCAUGAACAUCGUGAACAGCAUCGUGGGGGUCAGCGUGCUCACCAUGCCCUUCUGCUUUCGACAGUGCGGCAUCUUUUUGGGAGCCCUGCUGCUGGUUUUCUGCUCCUGGAUGACUCAUCAAUCCUGUAUGUUCUUAGUGAAAUCAGCCAAUCAAAGCAAACGCCGGACCUACCCUGGGCUAGCCUUCCAUGCCUAUGGAAAAGCUGGGAAAAUGCUGGUGGAAACCAGUAUGAUUGGACUGAUGCUAGGAACCUGCGUUGCUUUCUACGUUGUUAUUGGUGACUUGGGAUCAAACUUCUUUGCCCGGCUAAUUGGAGUCGAGGUGAACGGCGUCUUCCGGGUCGUCCUGCUGAUUAUCGUCUCCCUCUGCAUUGUGCUUCCGCUGAGCCUCCAGAGGAACAUGAUGGCUUCCAUACAGUCCUUCAGCGCCAUGGCUCUGAUCUUCUACACCGUGUUUAUGUUUGUGAUCGUGCUCAGUUCUUUCAAACACGGCCUGUUUGGCGGGCAGUGGCUGCAGCGGGUCAGUUACGCACGCUGGGAGGGCAUUUUUCGUUGCAUUCCUAUCUUUGGCAUGUCUUUUGCCUGUCAGUCCCAGGUCUUGCCCACCUACGAUAGUCUGGAUGAGCCGUCUGUUAAAAUCAUGAGUUCCAUAUUCGCCUCCUCGCUAAAUGUAGUCACCACCUUCUACGUUAUGGUGGGGUUCUUUGGCUAUGUGAGCCACACUGAAGAAAUUGCUGGGAAUGUUCUAAUGAACUUCCCGUCCAAUCCAGUGACGGAGAUGAUACGUGUGGGAUUCAUGAUGUCUGUAGCAGUUGGAUUUCCAAUGAUGAUUCUGCCGUGCCGGCAGGCAUUAAAUACUCUUCUUUUCGAGCAGCAGCAAAAAGAUGGGACAUUUGCUGCAGGAGGUUAUAUGCCACCUCUCCGAUUUAAAGCCCUGACACUGGCUGUUGUCUUUGGAACCAUGCUGGGAGGCAUCAUGAUCCCAAAUGUGGAGACCAUUUUGGGCCUAACAGGUGCGACGAUGGGAAGCCUCAUCUGUUUUAUCUGCCCAGCUCUUAUUUACAAGAAAAUCCACAAGAAUGCCCUUUGCUCACAGAUCAUAUUAGGGAUCGGUUUGGGCGUACUGGUCCUGAGCACCUACACUACCUUAUCAGCAGUAGAAGAUUCCCCAGCAAAAAUAGAAGCCGUGGAACCCGGCAAGCUGCCCGAAGGGAUAAAGAAUGUACUGGAUCCAGACUCUGUCAAAAUCUCAGACCAGAACCUGGCACUGGGGAAAGAAGGUGAUAACCAUGACAAACCGAAAGCAGAGCUUGAGAAAGAAGAAAUGGAACAGCCGCAGAUCAGGGUCCCCAUUGAUGUUCCCAAGAGAGACGAGAAGGAGAAGCCGAAGGAGGAGGUGCAGCUGGAUCGACCUGAUCAAGGCAUUGCGCUCCCUGUAGGGGAAGCUCACCGCCACGAGCCACCGGUGCCACAUGACGAGGUGGUGGUGGACGAGGGUCAGGACCGAGAGGAGCCUGAAGAGAAGCAGCCACCAGCCAACAAGGAUGUCCUGGUGGAAGGGAAACCUGUCCUGGGGAAGGAGCAGGGACAGCCUAAGCCUGUUCCUGAACAAGCAAAGGAAGAUGGUGCCCAGGAAAAGUUGAAGGACCAUCCUGUGAAAGACCCCAAACUUGUGCCAGAAGUGCUUGCCCGUGAGGAUGAGCACCCCCCUUACAAAGACCUGGAACUGGACAGCCAGAAUGAGAGGAGAGAGAAGGCCGUAGGUGUGAAGGACAGUGCUGGUCUUCAGCUGGGUGAACAUUCCAAGGAAGGAGUGAAACCUGCCGAGAAGGAGAAUGAACCUGGUGAAAAAGAAGAGCCGUUGCCACCAGAGCGACCGGAACCUGCCCAAGCCGAGCAGAGGGAGAUCCGUAACGCGGAGGAGAACGCAGACAGCAAGCUGGAGGAAGCUGGCAAAGAGAAGCUACUGGACCAUGAAGUCCUGCUGCAGGUGAUUAAGGAACAGCAAGUUCAGCAGAAGCAGCUGUUAGACCAGCAAGCAAAACUUCUGGCCGUCAUUGAGGAGCAACACAAGGAGAUCCACCAGCAGAGGCAAGAGGAGGGAGGAGAGGAAAAGCCGAAGCAAGAAGAAACUCACCAGGAACCUGGCCUGCCUCUUUCCAAGAACAAGGUCAGAGAGGAAGGCCUGGCAAGUCCCAUUGAAGACGCAGCAAAGAAUGCCCCUAAGGAGAAACCGGACCAUCCUUUGCACGGGCUCAACAACCAGCCCUUGGACUCAGAUGGGCAGCCAGGACCGCCGGCCCUGGGUCCGGAAGGAGAGCUGAAGCAUAUACACAAAUUAUCUAGAGCGCCAACCAAAAACCCAGUUUCUCUAAAGGAGGGCGAGAAUAUUGCACAACACCCAAUAGGAAAAAAAUCAGCAGAGAAGUUAGUAGAGCCAGUCAGAAGUGAUUCGCACAUCUCCCGGGCUGAUGGACAACAUCAAGAGAAGCAGAAAGAAGGCCACGGUGCUCAGCUGGCCCAAGACGCCCGGGAGAAAAUGAAGAGCGCACAGAAAAAAAUAGAGGAGAUUGGGGGACGGGUGGCAGGCCACGAUGAGGUGCUUGGCGAAGCCGAAGUCCCUGCGGUGCCUGGGAAGUUUCCUCAGAAAUUCUCCGCGAGAGAGCCGCUUGCCGGAGAUGAUAAAGAGGAGCGCCAGGAUCAAGAACGGCAAGCGGAUUCUGCAAACAAGCCGAAGGUUGCUGAAAGCGUCCAGCAGAAUCAGGAGAUCCCAAAAGCGGCCAACGCUGACAGGACUGGGGAGAAACAGACCUUUUCUUUGGGCCAGGUUGAUGGACUGCAGGGCCAGGGAGGCAGUAGCAAAGACAGGGCAGCGGCUGGAUUCCACGUCCCACAGACAAGCCGUGCCAGUGAUUUCAGCCAGCCAAAAAACCCGGCGAAGGCGCAGGAGUCGGAGGGCAACCCCAUCUUAAAGACCGAGACGAUCGCUGCUCCCAGGGAACGUGAAAACGUGAAACCGAACCGAGAUCUGAAGCUGAAGGAUGGGAUGGACUUGCGCCGCAGGAGGAGAGACCUAGAGGAAGAGGAGGAGGAGGAGGAGAUAGGGAGGGUGAUCAUUGGACUUAACCCCCUCCCAGAUGUGAAAGUCAAUGACCUACGCAGCGCACUGGAGACUCAGUUGAAUCAGGCGGCGGAAGGUGCCCAGCAAGCACUUCAUAGUCGGCAGAUAAAACAGAUACCGGUGGCAGAAGAAGAGGUGUGAGAUCAGGACUUUAUAAUGUUGACCGGUCGUAGGAGGCUGAUCGCUGUUUGGGGAUGCCUGUUACUGAACUAACUGCAAUUGAGAACGUAACUGCUGGCAGCCUUAAUCAGUUGUCUGCCUGCGCUAGGCAAUGACGACUGAGCAAACUGUCCUGUGCCUGCCCCGUAGGGAAGGGAACUCUGCUGCUGCCAGACGGUUUCAUGUUCCAAUACUGUUAACACCUAGUCUCUCCAAUGGGUUGGUGACAGAUCCGCAGAAACCAGGAUCACCCACCUUCUGGGUUUUAAAGAAUGCUUUGUGCUCGUCACUUUUCCAAAGAAACGUUUGAAUUUGAUUCUUGCUCAGUUGCCUUUAACCCGUCUGCUUUAAUUUCUGUGUUUGGAACUUGAGUCUAAUUUCAUGUUGGUAAUUUGCUCUUGUUGGAAACGCUGUAUGUGUUUGUGUGUCACUUCAAUUCAUUCUGGAUCCUUCCCCGUUCCAAGUUCACCCAUUUAGGGCAUGAGUUGAUCUGCCUUUGCAAAUAGUAUCAAGAAAGCGAAAAAAGAAGUUUUGUUAGUGUCUAAAAUGGGAAGGUGAUCCAUUGGUCCUGGGUAACUUCUUAGGAUUUCAGGGCUAGUUAGGAUUGGAUUCAUUUUUAAACGCGUUUGUAAGUUGCUGUUCAGGUGUUUUUUCCAGUUAGCUCAUUGAUUAGCAAUAAUAAAGAGAUCACCCGUUCUUUCUCAGCUAGCAAAUCUAAGGCCUAUGCUUUUAAACCAUCUCUAUCCCAAGUACACUUUGGGAUUUCAUACUGCGCAUGAAAUGAAAAUUACUUGUUGCAAGAGGAAACAGUGAGAAAGUGAAAUGAAGGGAUUUCAAGGAGGCAUUAUCAAAGGCUGAUUCCGCACACGUUGGAUAAUGCACUUUAGCUAUUGUUUGGAAGUGGAUCUUUUGUUUCACACUUGAAAAAUUCAGUUCCAAAAGAUCUCUAAAGAGGAUUGGAAGUGCAUUCUCCAACGUGUGCGGAAAGUUUGCAUCUACCUCUUUCCUCCAUUGUGAGAGUGCAUGCAGUGUUGUUUAAAGCUCUCCCUACCCGCUCUUUUAGUUCUUCAGUCAUUUGUGUGAAAUUUGGUCACGUUGAUUCUGGACUCUCAGUGUGUGCAGUUGAGCACAGUCAGUCUGUUUCAGGUGUCCUGGUAAGAUUGUGACUUUUUCUGUUAACGAACGACAUGACAGAGCAGAGAUAUUUUUGACUCUUAAAUGUGCCUAACAGCCCAUCCAAUCUGAUGGUGAUUUUCCAAGUUAUGAACAUGAUAAAACUUGGCCACAUGGGAGCAUUUUUUGUUAUAAGUAAGCAAAAAAAAAUCCUUGAUUUUGGUACAUUGGCCUCUUAUCUCAUAUUGUUCAGUUUUUCUAGAACAACCAUGGGUCUGGGAAAUGCUAGUGAUGAUAUUACCCCUGAGGCCUUCCGGGUUGUUACGCUGCUGAUCCUGACAAAUGGAAUUGAAUUGGAUGCUGUCUUUUCCCGUGUCUUGUCCUGCAAAGUGUGUUCAGUAUAUCUCCAUUAAAGGAGACGGAGGAACGUGGCUGGUUCCACUCGCCUGCUCCGAAGGUUAUUUGCCUUGUCAUAAACAUUAUUAUAGCCUUGAUCUUCAGGAGUCUCAUUCAGUGAAGCUGCUUAAAGCACAAUUAAACUAUAGCCAGGAUUACUAUUAUCACUUCAAGCAUUGUUCUAAAGUGAAAGGAAUUAUAUGUAAAUGUGAUCUCUUUGUUUCAGGGUUUUAGGGUUUUUUUGUCAAUACCAGGAAACUUGGGCUACGGAGGUGUCAGCCAACUAUUGUCCUGUCAGGGUUUUUCCAACCAAGAAUGGUGUGACUGUGUGCUGUGCCUGUAACCAAAAGGACCAAAGAUACUUCUGACAUUCCUCCAUAGAGCAACUGAAUUUUAAACAAACAGUCUCCAAGCAACCUAAGGGGAGGGAAAUGGAAGGAAGGGGGCGUGCACUUCUGCUGGAAUUCCUCCUCCUCUGCCAUAGCACCAGUUCCAAUUUACACUGUUUUACGAUGACAAGCAGCUGGGGGUAUAACAAGGCUGCACAAACCAAUAAAAUAAAUUCAAGCAUUUUUA